AUGACGGAGACCACUUCGCUGUCCAGUUCUCUUCAAAAUGUGUUGACUGACCUUUAUCAAAAUCCUUAUCCGCAUGUUCCCAACCCGCCAUUGUGCAAGAAACGUGCCUCCGUGGCCCUGAUCCUGCGAGUCCGCCCUACAUACAACCAUUGGCCAAACACACCUUCUCCGUCACGGACUGAUGGCUCCUCGGUCAAAGAACAAUUAGAUACGUUUUUUUCUCAGGAUUGGGUUCAACAUGGUGACCCAGAAGUUCUGUUCAUCAAGCGGGCAUCGCGUGUGGGAGAUCGUUGGACGGGCCAUGUCGCACUUCCUGGGGGGAAACGAGACCCUGAGGAUGUGGAUGAUAAGGCUGCUGCAGUCAGAGAGGCAUGGGAAGAGAUAGGCCUGGACUUGACGACAGAUGACUGUAUUCAUGUGGGAAAUCUGCCGGAACGGGUUGUCACUAUGAGCUGGGGGACUGUGCCGUUGAUGGUCUUGUGUCCCUUUAUCUUCGUGCUGACACGACCCGAAUUCCCUACCCUCAAUCUACAACCAACAGAAGUCGCUUCGACUCAUUGGGUACCGCUCAGGGCUCUCUUAUCAUCAUCGCUACGCACGAUUGAAUAUGUGGAUAUGUCUCAACGCCUAGCGAAUCAGGGCGGGUUCAUUACUCGCCUUGGAUUCAGAUCUCUUGUUGGCAUGAUGCAAUUCUCUGCUAUCCAAUUGAAGCCAACUGAGAGUUUGUAUUGCAACUCGACACCAGGGUUCAUACCUGAAGAUAGCCAGAUGAGUCAGUCUCUGUUUCAAAGGUGGAAAUCUUGGUGCGUGAGCAGUCAAGUGGGCUCAAAUGAUCACGGACGCCCGCUUCUACUAUGGGGUCUCACCCUGGGUAUUUUGGCGGACUUUCUUGAUAUGCUCCCUCCACAUACUGCCGUACAGCUAUGGAACUAUCCGACAUUUACCCCUCCUGACCUACGGUUGAUUGUGAAGCUAGUUACUCACAGCUUGAGAGAACAUAACAUGCUCCAAGUGAAGUCUGGAGCACGGCCUAGCAACACAGCAAUGGAUAGCCAAACUGCCGCAGUGGCGGUGACGGACAAAGCGCACCAUCACGACCAUAGUGAAGUUGGGAUUGGUGGACUCGGGGUGGGAAGAUGCUAUGGGCCUUCGGACAAGGACCCCGACGGCAGAACCUACGCCGUUGGGAUCAUGCUCCGAGGAUACUAUGACCGACUCCGGGUUGCAUUGUAUGUCUUCUUGGGUUGGAGGAUAGCCAUUGGCUCGACGGCGGCGGUUUAUGCGUGGAAGCUAUGGCGGAAUCGAGAAUUGCUCUAG